GGGCGGCGGUAGCGGCGUUGGUGUAGCGUCGCCCAGCGUCGGCCUGGCCAACGGCGGAGCUGCCAGAGUGGCAUGGCCUCGCCGGCUUGGCCUGCGGCGGUGCGAUCGAGAAUUGUGCACGCCGCGCAGUCGGGGCUUGUCGGCGUGACGGCAAUCCCGAGGAGAUUAGGAUCGGCGCAGCGUGCCGGAGCUGAGCGGGCAAGGAUACGCGAGCGCCCGCCCUCGACGUUGUCGUCGUGGCGGACAUCUGUUGGCUUGAGGCGGGAAAGUGCCACGUGGAUUCUCCUUGGGGAAUCGUUUGGGCGGCGGGGUCGAUGUACCCCCGUGGUGGAUGACGCCGAGCGGGCGUUGCCACCUGGCGGCUGCGAUUGGCGGGAAAGAAAGCUGCCCACGUCGAAAUGUCGGCUGAGUGUUCAACGUGUCAAUGGCCGGCCCUCGGUGGAUUGCGACGUUUGUGCCGCGCAAUUAGUGGUCGGUAGCAUUCCGAUCGUCACGUCGCUGCCCACGUUCAUCCCCACCACCACGUCAUUGCCCACGUUUUUCGAGCAACUGUGGCGCUGCACGCCACGCCGGCCGCGAUUGGUGGUUGCGGCAGCGGCGGGGGACGGGAGGAAGCGGGAGGCGGAGGCACAGCGGGGAGCUGUGACGCGUGGAGCGGGAAAGCGGGUGGAGGAGGGGGUAGCGCAACGUGCAAGGGGGGACUCGGCGAAGCUUGCAGCUCGGCAGGUUGGGGGAAGGAGCAAGGCGGGGGCGAAGCGGCACGAGCUGGCCGUGCAGCAGGAGGGUUUCAUCGAGCUGGCUAAAGCGUGCGAGCUUGCCGCAGCCCCCCCCCCGCCCCCGCGCCCGCCCAAGGCGGAGACAUCAUCGAGGCCAAGGCGGCGGAAGGAAGGGAUUUCACAAGUGGAGGGCGCCGAAGUCGCCAGAGCUUCUGGAAGGGGACCGACGAAGAGCAAGGGAGGCAUUGGCGCUGUCUCCGGGAAAAAGGCGCGGGCAACGGUGGUGGCGGCGGAGCCCCGGAGGCGGAGGCAGAGCGCUGCGUCACGUGGGGGUGUAGGGACGACAUUGGUGCUACAGCGACACCCGAAACAGGGGGAGGGGGGAUUGCAGACCGCUCCGCCGCUUGCGAGUGUAUUGAGCGAGCGGAUGGAGCGGAAGCGAGUACAGCCGGCGGAGGAUGGCGGCGUUCAUGGCGGCGAGGUGAGUGGUAGGGUAGCAGAAGACGGGUGUGGGGACGUCAUGGCGCCCUCGCGGGGUUCGGGAGGCGCCUCUUCCUUGCCCGCGCCAUGUCCAAAGCAGGCGGAACCUCCACGGCCGCUGCAGGCGGAAGCUCCUCCGCCUACUGCAGUGGCGGAAAUUAUGUCUAUCGUGGGGGCGAGGAUGAAGAAGAGGAAGAAGCUGACGCCGGAGACGGAAGCGAGGCUGGAGCUCGAUCUGUGGUCAAAGCAGGGGGAUUUAGUGGGCGCACUGUCGUGUUACGAUCGCGUGCGGGGUGAGGGCAAAGUCCCCAUGCUGCAGUAUCACUACAACGUGUUGCUUCAUCUCUGCUCGUCGGCAGCCUCCGGUACGCUCCGAAGAGGCGGCCGCGAUCGUAAGCGGCGGGAGAUUGGGAAACUGGCGGCGACCGAUCUGUCCCCCGGCAGUCCGGUCGCCGCGGUCAACGGCGUUGAUGCUUCCGCCGCCGUCAGUCCCGAUGCGGCGGGUAAGCUUAGCGCCAACGGCGGGGACGAGCGGUCAUCCCGGGGGGCAGCCGAAUCAAACGGCAAAUGGCCGUCUGGUAAUUGCGCGUCGGCGGAAGGCUUGUCCCCUUCUCCCGCAUUGAGAGAUUCGAGCGCUGGAAGUCCGUCAAGCGAGGGAUCGCCAUCUUCUUCUUCUUCUCCCUCUUCUUCUUCUUCUUCGUCCUCGUCGUUGUGGUCAAUGGAGGCGGCGCAGGCGCCGGCGCAGGAAGCGGGGGCUGAGCAUCAUCCCGCCGUCUUGUCCCCGGACGAGCUGGCGAAAUUGGGUAUGGAGCGGGGAUUUGAACUGUAUAGUAGGAUGCUAGACCAGGGCAUCAAGCCCAAUGAGGCGACGUUUACGUCGAUGGCUAGACUGGCGGCGGCGAAAGGGGAUGGCGCCAUGGCCUUCGGGUUAAUUAAGGAGAUGGGGGAGGUUGGGAUCGUGCCACGAUUGCGGUCCUAUCAGCCCGCUCUGAGCGCGUAUUGCAACGAGGGGGCUUGUGAGAACGCGUGGGAGGUGUACGAGCAUAUGAACAGAUGUGAAGUGGAACCUUCGGAGAAUGAUCUGAGCGCUCUUCUUGAUGUCGCGGUCAGGGUAGGGGCAGGCGACAAGGUGUACGCAGUCCUACAUAGAUUAAGGACGUCGGUGAAGACUAUAAGACCGGAGACAGCGGAGGUGGUGGAGCGAUGGUUUAGGAGCGAGGGGGCGGCGGAAGCGGGCGGAAAGUGUGUAGAGCGGGCGGAGGAGGGGGAGGCGGUGAAGGCGAAGAUGGAGGAAACGGGGGGAGGAUGGCAUGGACUCGGUUGGCUUGGGGAAGGAGAGUGGAGUGUGCGGAGGACGACUGUGAGCGAGGAGGGAGUGUGCGCCGCUUGCGGAGAUCAGCUCGCGACCAUUGAUCUGGAUCCCGUCGAGACGGCCAAGUUUGCUCAGGCCGUUGCUGACCUGGCAAUGAAGAGAGAAAACAAGCCGAACGAAUUCGUCCAGUUCCAGGAGUGGUUAUCUAAGAACGGACCUUUCGAUGCUGUUGUGGAUGGAGCGAAUGUGGGACUGUUUAAUUCGCCUGGCGGGAGGGCUUUCAUCUAUAAGCAGGUCCAUGUGGUGAUGGAUGCGAUGAAGGAAAAAAGCCCUUCUGGCAAGCUUCCACUGCUGAUGCUGCAUAAACGGAGAGUGUAUGGUGGACCUGGCGAGCAGGAAAUGGCCAAAGCGGCGUUUCAGAGGUACAAGGAUGCAAAUGUGUUGUAUCCAACUCCCACUGGCUCUAAUGAUGACUGGUAUUGGCUUUUUGCAGCAGUUAAAAUGGGAGCAUUUUUGGUCACAAAUGAUGAAAUGCGAGAUCAUCUGUUCCAGCUGCUGGGAGACAACUACUUCCCAAAGUGGAAGGAACGUCAUCAGAUACGGUUCAGCGUGUUUUCAUCCAUUCCCAAAUUCUUCAUGCCGCCACCGUUUUCAACCUGCAUUCAGGAAACCUUGCAUGGUGGCUGGCACCUUCCAAUAACAACUCCGGAGGAGAUUACAGAAUUGGACGGAUCUGAGGAAGAUGAUUCAAAUCCCGAGGCGCAUCCUUCUCCACGCGAGUGGCUGUGUGCACGUCGUCAGCAAUCUGGUAUGGCGAAACAUCCCGAGCCAAUGGAUUGGACCAGCGAACAGUGUUGCCAGUCGGAAGACGUGAAUACAACAAACGGACCGAAUUCAAUGCAUACGGAAAGUGUGGUAGAUGCGUUGGGAAAGGUCUCCGACGGAGUCAGCGAGGCAGUGGAACAUUAAAUUCACUGCGGGAAAUGAAGUGUUGAUCCCUGUUUUCUCUGCUGGUCGCUUUAAUGAGAGGGGUGCCCCUUUUGAUGAUCUAUAGAGUCGGUAUGAUGAUGUGUUACACCUAUGCAAUAUUUGUGAAGAUUCAUUGUAUGGGCUCUCAAAAUUUUAUUGCAGCGCACAAAAUUUUGGAGAUGUCGAAUGAGCUUAUCGAAUUUCACUGUGCUCCCUCCCUUCCCCCUUCCCCCCCCCCCUCCUCCUCCAAUCACCGCUCACUUGCCCGGCUGAGCAAAAGAGGAAACAAAAAGUUUCUUUUUCGGGAAGUUGAAAGUUGAAGAAAAUUUCCGCACAUUGUGGACCUCUGCGCUUGAAAUUUGAAAGUCUUGCGGCGUAGCUCAGUUGGUUAGGCACGCAAGUGGCAUUCAGGAGGUUGUGCUUUAUACCUCUGAUCGGUAUUGGCAGGGUCCUUGGCCAACACGGGUGGGAGUGCGAGGGUGUGUGGAUUGUGUGUGGUGUGUGGGAGAGUGUUGGCCGUAGACACUGCUGCAAUUCUGUUUGAGGUGGGGGACGACGAAAAGGGAGGCGUAGCUACAGUCAAAGUGCUCGGUCUUUGCGUUAGCCGGUCCCCCACAGGCGGCCCCACCCCAUCCUUUACCACCGUGGUUGGGGUGGGGGGGCAAUAUGCAUCCCCUCUGAUGGCAGGAGGGAGACAACAAAGCUAUGUUCGUAGGGGUACCCUGUAGAAGCCUUCGGAGUAGUGGUAUUGAAAGAAUUUGAAAGGCGAUGAAAGGUUUGAGAGAAGAAUAUAGUGUAGCUAUAUAAAAAUAAAAAAAAAAAGAAACAAAAGGAGGAAGCUGAAAGUUUUCGAGCAAUUGAACAACUGUCAAAAAGAGUUUGGUCUGUUUGCUUGGUCACACCAAGAGAUCAUCUCGAAACGCAGUUGUGCUUGUUGCUCGCCCGUACUGGCUUUGCAGUUCACGUCU